GGGAGGAAGGGCGGGUGCGCGGGAGGCGCGGCCUCGGGAUGCGGACCCGCCCCCGCCGCCGGGGCCGCCCAGCCCGGCCCCGCAGUGCGAUCGCCCGGCCGCGCCUCACCCGGUUCCGACUUCCCCUCCAGCCCGGCUCGCGCCCCGCGCCCCGCCGGCCACCGGAGAGCCCGCGCCGCCCGCCCGCCGCGCCCGCAGAGGCCGCCAUGGGCCCCGCGCGCUGGCUGGCGCUGGGCAGCCUCCUCGCCCUGGGCGCGCGGCUGGAAGGCCGGCUGGUGGGCGAGGGGGACGCCGGCUUCGGCGAGUGUGACCGGUUCUUCUACGCCGGGACCCCGCCCGCAGGGCUGGCGGCCGAGGGCCACGUGAAGAUCUGCCAGCGCUCCGCGGGCGCCGCGCGCUUCGCCACCCUGUACAGCCCCGCGGACCGCGGCCCCGUGUUCUCCGCCUUCCGCGACCCUCGCCCCGCGCCCGCCGGCAAAGAGCCGCACUGGCUGGUGGAGCCGCAGGAUGGAGCGGGAUCCAGAAGGGAGACUGCAGCAGGAAGCAUUCCAGAGCAGAUUCAGGGAUUAGUGAGGGGCGUGGGGAGUGGUUGGGGCAGCUGUAAAAUCGAUGAUCCCAACAGCAACCUUGAGGAGGUGAUUAAUGAGGCUGACGCCAUCACCACUGUGGACAGUCUGGGAAGCAAGCAGGCCUUGACUACAGAUUACCUGGAUUCUGAUUAUCAGAGAGGACAGCUGUACCCGUUCUCCCUCAGCAAUGACUUGCACAUGGCCACAUUCGCUCUCACAAAUGCAGUUCCGAUGACCCAGACCUUCCAGGAACGGUGGUACAUGAAUCUGAACAGCCUCAUGGACCGGGCCCUGACCCCACAGUGUGGAGGUGGGAACCACCUAUAUAUCAUCACAGGCGCCGUGCCCUCAGACGUCAAAGUCAAAGACAGGGUGACCAUUCCUAAGUUUGUUUGGCUGGCAGCCUGCUGUGCUGUCCCCGGAGGAGGCUGGGCCAUGGGCUUUGUCAAGCACACCACGGGCGGUGAUGUCAUAGAAGAUGUGAUGGUGAAAGAACUGGAGAAACUGCUUCCGUCGAACCCUCAGUUGUUCCAGAACAACUGUGGCGAAACAGAACAGGACACGGAGAAAAUGAAAAAAAUCCUGGAAAUGGUGAACCAAGUCCAGGAUGAAGAGCGGAUGGUGCAAUCUAAAGAAACCACCAGCGCCGUCCCCAGCACAAGGAGCAAGAGGUCUGCUCUGCAGCCUCCAGAGGCCCCCGAGGAAAGGAGUAGCCUUCUGGGGAAUCUCAUAGGCUUCAUCGCCACCCCGUUCAUCAAGCUUUCCCAACUAAUUUGCUGCCUUGUGGUGGGCAUCCUGAAGAACACUGUGUACGUCCUGUGGUAUGCCGCCAAGCAGGUGAUUAAUGGCAUCGAAAGUUGCCUUUACCACCUGGGUUCAGCCACUAUCUCCUACUUCUUGGCCAUUGGGGAAGAGUUGGCAAGCAUUCCCUGGAAGGUACUCAAAGUCAUACUCAAAAUCAUCAGGGCCAUUCUCCGGAUCCUCUGUUGUCUGCUGAAGGUUGUUUGCCGCAUUCUGGGCAUCCCUGUCCGAGUCCUCGUGGAUGUGGCCUCUUUCCCUGUGUACACCAUGGGCGCCAUUCCUAUCGUGUGCAAGGACAUCGCAGUGGGCCUCGGUGGCGCCAUCUCUCUGCUCUUUGACACUGCUUUUGGUACCAUGGGUGGCCUAUUUCAGGUUGUCUUUAGUGUUUUCAAGCGGAUUGGCUAUAAGGUUACUUUUGAAAAUUCUGGGGAGUUAUAGAAUUCAAAAAACUAAUAGUGGCCAGUCACAGUAAAUUUGAUUUUUUUUUUAAUAGAAAAGGCUGGAAUACUUUGUACAAUGAGUCUUUGUUCACUAUCCACUAUCAUUAAUUUUGGCCUUUCAUGGGGAUGAAUGUAUGUUUUUGCAAAGGAAGAUGGUGCAAUUUAGACUUGACCCUAGAGAAAUGGUCACGGUAGGACUAUGUAUAGGUCAUCUGAUAUGAAAUGAGCAAACUUCUAAACCAUGACCUUUAGUUAUUUACUCUGAUGCAGAUAACCAGCUGAGACAUUCUGGUGUUCAUUAAAAUUCUACAGGAGGGGAAAGUGAAAAAAAGGACAACUUUCAACCAAAGAGUUUCCGAGACGAUGAGAAAGAAAUCUUGUUCCUCCUAUUACUCUCUGAGACUCAAGGCAAAACUGGCAUAAAUAUUCUUGGCCAAUGUGUCUUUCACUUCUCUUUCUCCUCAACUCAGCUGAUCUUGGUGAGGUGCAGACAUGCUUCCCUGGUGAAAUAGCUUCCUUAGGGUAGAGAGUCUGUUAUAUCCCUUAGCUUUCUGUGGCUUCCAAGGGCCUUUCAGAUGUUUUUUUCCUCCAGAGUUGAAUUUUGCUGAAUUUUUCUUUUAUGUAAUGAUAAACAUUUUAUGCCAAAAGCGGCAUAAUAAAUUUUGAAUGCAAGGGCAAAGAUGAUUUGCCCCUUGAACACUGUAGGACAGUCUUCUUGGGUAGAAAGAAGAGGGCACAUCAGUCAGACCCCAGCUCUGAGUAAGUGCUGUAGGUCCCAGGACAUUCCUAGCCAAGCUUGGACUAAUUUGAAAUAUAUUCAAUAUCUGGUUGACAGGAUGGAGCUCAAGGACCUACAUGUUAAGCUAAAAUGAAAAUUCAAAUUCUGCAACAUACCAGAUCAGUCUUUCUUAUGCAUCAAGCAAAUACCCAAUACAGUAAAACACAUUGACUUCUAUCCUUAAUAUGAUUGUUUUGGUAUAAAUGUAUAGAAAAGAGCCACUGAACAAAAUCUAUUCUAGCCGUCUGGAAAGUUUACAUAUGUAUAAACCUGAUUAAGAAUUAUCUCGUAGACAAUUAUUUUUAUAGUGUGUUUGAGGCUAGAAAACAUUACUCUCCUAUUAAUGUAAAUUGAUUUGAGCGCUAAUCUCCAGUGUUUUGAUCAAACACUUAUUUUAAAUAUUGCACUGAAAAUGAUAAGAAGAGGAAGCAGAAUCCCCCAAACUUUGCUCUGCCUUUCACAGCUCAGAAUGAAUGGCCCGGAUUUUUAUAAGUGUUCUAAAGAAUUGUUGUGAGGUAAAAAAAAAAAAAAAGGCAAGUGUAAUGUACUGGUCUUGGGGGCCACCAUUCAUCUGAAAGUCAGAUACAAAAACCUGGAGUCCAGAAAGA